GUGAAUUCUGCCGCAGACGGAUGUGAACGAGAAAUGUAAACAAGCAGAAGGCACGCUGGCUGGCCGACGGGAUAUAUGUCAAGUUUCUGGAUCCUGGAAUAAUAACAACGGGGAAGGAUGGCACUGCUCAGACCAGUAGUAUUAUUGCAGAACCAUUACUGUUACAAGGAAUUUGGACAAAUACCAUGGAAAACAAUGAGUAGUGUUUUCAUAAAGAAAAAACUCCAUCCAUUUGCUUGCAGUGGAGUUUCAGAUCAGAUACGAUCCUUGACAACCUUGCCAAACUGUAAAAGUGUAAGAUAUGAAAAGAAACUGGUGCAAAGAUACUUAUGCAACACAGCGGCUAUUGAAAAAUCUCCAAAUGUUAAAAGCAAAUGGGAAGGUGAUGAUAAAACCCAAAUUCUCACUAGUAUGUUUGCCCAGAGAGAAAAGACAGACAAAGAAUGGGAAGAGGUGAUCCUCCUCAUGUCUCAGGGGGAGCCAGGAUUUAGCAAGGUCAGCUGUGAUGCAUUGGUGAUGAAGCGAUGUUUGCAAGCCUCUAACUAUUUUCUAGCAGCUUCAUACAUACAAUACCUGGAGAAUCAGGGUAAAGAGCCAAACUUGGCAACUCUCUCCCUCUAUCUACGUUUGUGUGGGCAGAGAGUUGUGGACUGUGGAGAAGACAAAGUACUAGAGCUCUACUAUCAACUUCUUAGGAAAGCCAAAGUACUCGAUGCGAACCUCAGUGAGAGUGUAAUUCUGGCACUAACCUCGACAAGUCAGUGGAAGCUGGCCCUCAAACACAUCGCUAACAUCAGGAGGAUGUGCAACGUUAGCACAAAGGUCUAUAGCUCAAUUAUUACAGCAACUUUUAGGAACGGAGACUAUGACACGGGCUGGCGCUACCUGGAGACCAUGUGCCAGGAAGAGAAGAUGCCUGCUGAUUCCACAUUGUUGGAGUGGAUUACCCAGUGUGAAAAGGCAGAGGGUGUUGAGGAAAAGCAAUCAAUGAUGGUGACAUUGUUAGACAAGUUGAUUCUCUAUGAGAUCUUCCCCAAAGUGCCAGUUAUUGAGAGUAUUGCUAACCUUUUUAGCAAAGGUCUGGGGUGGUCAAACUUGUAUGUGAAAAUGUCCAAAAGUGGAAAAUGCCCUGCCUGCAACCAGCAGUUACAUCAGCUCGACAUUAGUGAAGCAGAAUUUCAAGAGUUGCAGAAUGAAUAUGUGCCACGUGUUCUUCAUGGAUCAGAUAUAUUUCGUUCAAGUAGCCCUGAAGAAUGGCACAAGUUCCAGACAUUUUUAGAAGAAAGAGGGCCAUUUUCUGUCGUAGUCGAUGGCCUAAAUGUAUCAUACCUUGCAGGAAAGAAACCUCUUAGUCAGCGAUCUGUUAUGUUGAAGCAUGUUGUGGAAAAGUUAUGCACCAGAGCCAAGAAUGGUCGCAUAUUGGUCAUUGGCAGGAACACAUGAGGGAAUGGUCUGAAGUUGAUUUUAAUGCUGUAAAAAAAGAUGGCAGAUGUAUACACCCUUGAUAACCUGACCAAGGAUGAUGGCUUCUUCAUAUAUGCGGCACUUCGAUCUGGUCAAGGGACAAAGAUUGUGUCAAG